UUUGCGUUGACCGUUUGGAUUCGGUGCUAGUUGUGACGGCGGAAUGAGCUAUGGGUACGGAGGUGGAGGUGGAGGAAGAGGCAGAAGAGGAGGUCGCGGACAUAGGGAUGGCAGCAGAGAGAGAAUGGACAGAGAUGCUGGAGUAGGUGGAGGUUCGAGAGGACACAGUAGCUCCAGCUUCGACCAGGACCGAGGAGGAGGAGGAGGUCAGAAAGACCGACCUCCUCCACAUCUGAGGGGCAGGGAGAUCGGUCUGUGGUACGCCCGGUACGGAGCCGUGAGGAGGAAACAAGCUGACCGGAGAUCGCGAGCUGUGGUCCACAUGGAUGAGGCCAGGGAGGAGCACAUUACCAAGCUGCUUAACUCUGUCCAAAAUGACCAGUCUGGCCCAAGGCGAGACAGAAGGAAUGCAUCUGACAACUGGCAGACAGCUGCCAAUCACAGUGGACACUGUUACUUUGAUGGGGAUUUGCCUGAAGAAGAGAAACACAAGGCUGAGGUUGAAUCUGAGGAAGAGGAAGAAGACGUUACUACCCCAGGCCAGAAGAAAACCAGUCACAGAUCGCAACGUGGCGUAUCUAAAGCAGCGGUUAAAGACGAGCCUCCAGACAACUGGGAUGAAGAAGAUCAAGAGGAAAAGAAAGAGGAGAAACCCCUGAGGAAAGACAAGGACCUGGAGUUCUUGUUUCAGGAAGUAGUCAGAGACCGUUCAAUGGAUGAGGACUUAAAACGAGAUCUGCACAGCAAGGCUUCUGAUCCAAAAUACAAAGAAAUGCUGACAGCCACAGAUCUGCUGUUCAUGAGCAGCAGAAUACAGCUGAACAACAGUGCUGUCCAAAACGUCCCGUCUGCUGCUGAGAAAUCUGGCAACAACCCAGUCGUGAUCAUCUGCUCAUAG